GUAGUCUUGGUAAAAAGCGUUAGAGUUCGGAAUGGACUGCUUCACGGCCAAUUUUUAGUGCACGCCCGACGCGUGAUUUAACUGAUUUGCCUUAAGUUAAAAUGGUUCUAGAAAUACGUAAUAAUGAGAGCUCACUUCUGAAAAAUAUAACGCCCAGCACUGAGAAUCUAUAGAGAGGGAACAACAUCAUUCAAUAGUACUGUGUCUUGAAACAAGACUAAUCUUUCGAGUUCGCGCCACUCGCCCGUGAAAGUUUAAGUAAAUAUCUUGUAAACAUCUGUCAAUCUGAAUCAAGCUAAUUUCCACUUUUAGCCCUGCUGUCAAGUGUUACUGGUUAGACCAUCUUCAAGAUACUUCCCCAAGAAAUCUUCCGUGCUGAGGCUAAAGACACCGAGUCCUAAGAUGCCUCCCAAAAAGAAACCACGUAAGGUACCAGCGUCCCCACCUACCCCCAGACGAAGCGGACGUACAAAGAAGUCGCCCCACGUUUGCAGUUCUUGUGAAAGUGAGUGCGAGAACACCUGUUCACGGCCGGAAAAGAAGCCGAAAACAGGGAAGCCCAAGACAGCUGCCGGCAAGGCGAGGGCCACACCAGACGUUAAGCCCCCUACAUGCACUCCAACUUCCAGCUACAGUUUCCAAUGUGCACCUCCCUCCAGGAACGCCGGUAUGCCCUCCAGAAACGCCGCCAGCGCUUCCACAGAUGAUCAGUCAGCAUCGGCCCAGUUCAGAAUCGAAGGCAACAUCAUGUACAAGAAGGCUCUACAGGAAGGCAUCUCGCCUUGUAUCAAGAUGUCUCGCCUAGAAGACGCGUUGCGGUUGUACACCAGAGCUGCGAACCUGGCUGACGGGCCGACGAAGGUGGCCAAGUGGGCAUCUGCCACCAAAAACUGCGGCAUGGCCUUGAAGAGGAUGGCCCAGGAGCACCUCCUGAGAAACCAGGACGAGUCUGCCGCCCUCCCGUUAUUCAAGGACUCCCUGAAGCAGAUGGGCCACGCUCUGUUGCGGGGGAGCAGCACUCAAGGCGAAGCAUGGCAGAACAAGCUCCGCGAAGAGAUGGAGGCCUCGUACUUUGAGACACAGGAGAUCAUCAGCAAUCUUGAAGGUGUCAAGGAGAAGGUGCGAGAGAUGCACAUAAUAGCGAGCUAUCUUCCGGCUGGAAUGGUACAAGCUGGGGCACACUACCUCCUAGCCAACACCCUCUUCAAGGAGUCCGUAAGACUCCUGGAGAGUGGCGAGUACAAGGAGUGCCUGAACUGCCUCCAUGAUCUCCACCAGCCAGUAGAGGAAGCCUUGGGCUUCCUCAGAGGGAGAACCUUGGAUCAGGAAUCAGAGGACCUCCUUUUCGAAGUGAAGGUCCUAAAAAAAGACGCCCGCUACCAAGCGUCAUCCGCGGAGUCGAUCCAGGCACGCAAGAGCGGCGAGGGACUUCUGGAGCAACUAUUCGAAACCGAGGAGUUCAUCGAUAUGGACCUUGUAUGGAUCACUGUUGAUUGGUUUAAGGAAGCCAGCCUAAAAGCAGCCGAGCUUGACCUAGAACAGGAGGCAGCAGCCCUCAGUUAUCUGGGCCUCAUUAACCAGAAGAUCCUCUUCUCGAACGCCAAGGCCAAGUCGUACUACAAGCGCUGUCUGGAGCUCGUCGAUGCGGCCAAGCCGAAGACAUUUCUGAAGGAGAAGUGGUAUAAGCAGUGCGUGAAGGGGUACCAACGCAUUCAGGAUCAAGAGCGCUGGCGAGACGAGGCAGCCCAGCAGAAGAUCAGACGAAAGAUCCUUGACGGCUUGAAGGACGAACUGGACGCACUGGAAAAGGCCAACACCAGCGCCAGCAGCCUGAUGGAGCACCUGUACAAGAGCCAUGCGCCGCCCAAGAGCCCCAAGUUUACAAAGAAGCACCUCGAGGAGCUGAAGAAGAACGAGGCUGAAAGCCAUACGUUUGACCUUGAGAAUCGCAAAGCACGGAAGAAGCUCCUCCUGAAGGCGUGCCAGGACUUCCACCCCGACAAGUUUGUGGACGCGAAGGGAGAGACCGAAGACGACAAGGCUCAACGCAAAGUCCUCAUGGAGGAAAUCACGAAGAUGAUCACGAAGUAUUACGAGCACCUAAAGCUGGGUUAGUCAGGUAUCGUACAGGGUGUAUCCAAAAAAGAAUAAAAAUAUUGGAUUAAAAUUAUAAACUUA